AUGACAAAAAGAGGAUCAGAAGAUUACUCUGUAUACUUUUUAACAAGAUCAGAUAUAAACAAUACAAUAACAAAUGAUACAAUUAUUAAUUGGGUAAAAGUAUUAUUUAAAGAAAGUGAAAUAGCACACAUAAAAAGAAUGUAUGCAAG